AUGAAGUAAACAUAGAAAUUAAACAUGAAAGAUCAGGACGACUACGUGCUGUCCAGAUUACCACUGCGCCUGGUCGAACGACUAAUGCCUUUCCAGAAAGAUGGAGUCAAGUUUGCAGUGAAAAAACACGGAAGAUGCUUGAUUGCAGAUGAGAUGGGCCUGGGGAAGACUCUACAGGCAAUAUCUGUAGCCUACUACUACCACUGUGAGUGGCCUCUGCUGAUUAUUGUGCCAUCCUCCCUGCGGUUCUGCUGGAUAGAGGAACUAGAAAAAUGGUUGCCUGAUUUACACCCCAACGAUAUCAACCUCAUCAGAGGAGGGACUGAUGCAAGUGGCAUAGCGAACUCUCGAGUCAGCAUCGUGACCUAUGGGCUGCUGAGUAAACAGACGAGCAGCAUCGUCCGUGAGGCCCUCACCAAUCAACAUUUCAAGGUGAUUGUUUGUGAUGAGUCUCAUUACAUCAAGAACAGCCGGACUGCUUCAUCUAAAGCUGUUGUUCCGCUCAUCAAAGCUGCCUGCCGACGCAUUCUGUUGUCUGGGACCCCAGCACUGGCCAAACCUGUGGAGCUGUUCCCCCAGAUUGAUGCUUUGAAGCCGGGGGAGUUUGGGUCAUGGUGGCAGUUUACAGCCCGCUACUGUGAUGCUAGGAUGGAAUGGAUUGGCAGGCAGAAAAUGAGGAAGGUUGAUGGUGCAAGUAACCUAGAGGAGCUCCAGGAGAAGCUGAGCAGGUCGGUGAUGAUCCGGCGAGAGAAGAGCGAGGUCCUCAAACAGCUGCCUCCCAAACAGAGGCAGAAGGUGCUCUUUGAACUGAAAGACUCCAGCCAGAAGAAGGAAAUAAUGAAUCUGUUUGAGGAACUGAGGCCGAUGUUGCAGAGGAACACUAACAUGACAAGCCUCAGUCUAGAUGCUGCUACUCAGGAGUCUGAGGACAUCAGCGGGGAAUCCCUGCAUCGACUUUCUCUCAUAUCCAAGCUGUACAGACUGAGCGGAGAAGCUAAGAUUGGUCCAGUCAAGGAAUACCUGGAAAUGCUGUGUGAUAACUCAUCACUCAAGUUCCUCAUAUUUGCCUACCACCACGUCAUGAUGAACGGUAUCCAGCAAACGCUCUGGGAUAAGAAGAUCAAAUUCAUCCGUAUAGAUGGCAGUGUUAAGCCAGAUGACAGGCUGAUGUACGUCCAGCAGUUUCAGUCAGAUCCAGACACAAAGGUGGCCGUCUUGAGUAUCCUAGCAGCAGGAGUGGGACUGACCCUUACAGCAGCCAAGCUGGUUGUGUUUGCUGAGAUGUACUGGACACCUGGUGUCAUGGUUCAGUGUGAGGAUCGUGCUCAUCGAAUUGGGCAAACAGCAAGUCUACCUGUACAUUACCUGGUUGCCAAGGGAACAAUGGAUGAAUGGGUUUGGGGCACUGUGUGUAAAAAGACACUGGUCACCAGCACAGCAUUGAGUGGUCAGCGGCGGAAUCUGGAGGCUGAGAAGGGAGACGAUCAUCAGGUUGAGUUGCUGUCUAAUGCUGAUGCAUGGGUCCCAACCGAGCAGACGGACAUGGAUUUAACAUCUUUCUUUCAGUCACAAAAGCCAACAGAUCAAAGAUCAAUACUGGAGUUUUUUACACCUCCUUCAGCAAAGAACAGAAGUAAGACCUUGGAUGAGACACCUGGAAAAAAGAGACCCCAUGAUGAUGAAGAAGCACCAGGUCUGCUUUGUAAGAAGCAGAAGUUUAACAACCAAGAACAAAUCUCAGAGGGAAGACUGACAGGGGAGAUAAUUCUCCUGGACAGUGAAGAGGAAGGGGAACAAUUCCAAACAGAGAAGAAAAGGAAAAACAGAACAGAUGGAAGGGAAAGAGGUCAGCCUCUUGAUGACUGUAACAGAGACUUAAUCCCAUCAACCCCUUCUGGUAAGGAACUGACUGACGAGGUUGAAAACGUGUCUGAUAGCCAAACACUUUGUACAACACCCACCAAUCCAAGGAGUGUAAAAAAUGCAUUCCAUAUUCUGAAAACAGCAUCAGCUGGAAAGAAAAGAGACAGUAUCUUGAGAAGACACGAGGACACAGGUUCAUUAAGGUGUGAAGAGUCCAGUAAGUGGCCAUGUAGUGCUUGUACAUUCUUAAACCAUGCUGGUAUGUCUCGCUGUGAAAUUUGUGACACACCAGGAAAGGCCAAAGAUGUCAUUAGGUCAAAUUCAUGUAAGUCCCAAACAGAAGAAGAUUUGAUCCCAAGCAGUCCAUUGUUUGGUAAGAAGCAGAAAAGAUACCUCGAAUGUCGUGAAAAUCGUGCUGAAAGUUCUGACAUACAUGGUGUGGAAAUUGAUAUGGGACUCAGUGAUUCAAGCUUGUCUGGGGAUGACUUUAUCAGUGGAGCAACAGCUACUCCCAAACAGAGGAAGAGGAAGUGCUUUAAGAUCCACUCUGAUAGUGAGGAAGAAAUAUCUGACAGACCCAAGUCUGGUAAUAAGGAAGACGUUUCAUGCAAAGUGACCAACCAGUGUGUGUCUAUUCCAAUAGGUCAUGACGAAGGAUGUAUGUCUGCCCCAGUGGGUCAUGAUGAAGAAUGUAUAUCUACCCCAGUUGGUCAUGACAACCGAUGUAUAUCUACCCCAGUGGGAUGUGAUAACCGAUGUAUAUCUACCCCAGUGGGUCGUAAUAACCAGUGUUUGAAACCCCUAGUUGGUCAUGAUGACCAGUGUGUGUCUACUCCAUUGAGUCAUGAUGGCCGAUGUGUUACCUCCUCGUGGGAGCUCAUGCCUUGUGACAGCCCCUGCUUCAGCUUGGUUCUAGAUUCCUCUGAUGAUCAGUCGGAUGAGAGUAUGAGUAACAUGGAGAGUAGAGGAGCUAGAGAGUCAGGACACAAACAUACCCACAUUGCCUUAAGUAAAGACAGCCCUUGUUUCAGUCUGAACCUAGACGCAUCUGAUGAUGAGUCCAACGAGAGUGGGGUGGAAAUUGCUGAACCUCGAAACCUAGGAGAUCAUCAGAUUCCGGUGGCAUCAACUACAGACACCUCACAAGCAAACUCUCAUGUUAAUGACAGUGAUUGUAAUUUUAAUCAUUUGCCAGAAGAUCCAGAUCUCCAGGCUUCAGUGCUAGAUGAUGAACAAAGACUACCAGCCCUGGAUCUUUCCAAAAGAAGAAGAAGCAGAGAGUCUCCUGUGUUGAGGAAAACAUCCUCCAGCCGUCUGCUUUCAGAAAAUGACAGCUCCUCCCACAGUGUCGGUCCAAACGACAUCAGGACUCCUGGGAAACACAUCUCACCUGAUGGAGCAGGUGCCCCCACACAAGUGUUCCCCGGCUUCCUCUACUGCUGCAGCUUCUACACAGGCCGCGUUUACCUCUUUAAGCAGGAUGGGGACCCACUCAAUGAGAACUUCCUGCCCCUGGAUGUAGAGAUGGGGAACACUGAACAACUUCCAGCUGUACUUCAUCACCAUGGCAACUUGCGAUUGGUGCAAAAGUUUGUCAGGGAAUGGAAUAGUUUGACGGAGACCAAAAAGCGUCUGAUCGUGAAACAAGGAAUGUUGUUCAGCAGCCCCCUGGUGGCUUACGAGGAGGUCCGUUCUGGCAAGGUCAGCAAUACACAGCGACACAAAACCAAGGAUGAUGCAGCAAUGCUGGCACAGAAGGCAGCAGUGGAAGUGAGUGGGACUGUCAGGCUUAUAUCAAAGAAAGGCCAGACAGGAAGUCAGGGGUCACAAGACAACACACAGCAGACGCACAAUACUAAAGGAGUGUUACAGGCUGUCACAUCAGAAGGUGUUCCACUGUGUCUUAACUGUCAGCAGCCGUAUCGGAACCCUCUCCUGGACAAGUCAACUGUCACAGAUGAGAAGAAUGCUUGGAAUACUCGUUUCUGUUCCUCAAAAUGCAUGGACCAGUACUGGAUGCAGACCCACAGUAGCUACUGCCGAGACAAAGUGUAUGAAGUGGAACAUGGCAUCUGUCAAAUCUGCAAAUAUGAUGCUCAUUCCUUCUACAUCCAAGUCAAGAACACCCAGGACGUACAGAAGCGAGCCAGACUGCUGUCAGAGGGCAAGUAUUCAACUCUCAAAGCCAAGCAGAAGGAAAGCAUGGUGCGGAAACCAGUCGAGGGACAGUUUUGGCAUGUUGACCACAUCACCCCCGUGUGGGAGGGUGGCGGCAUGUGCGACAUUGACAACAUGAGGACACUCUGUGUGGUGUGUCACCAAAAGGUCACUGCGGGUCAGGCCAGGAAGAGGGCAGUGGUCAGACGUCUACAAGGAGCUAGGGCUGGGGGUGAUAUCACAGCCUUCUUCCAGAAGACAUGACAGUCAACUGUUGGACAUUUUGUUCACUGUCUGGAUUCAAUGGUGAAUGUUUUUAAGGAACUGGAGCUGAUAUAACAGCUUUCUUCCAGAAGUCUUGACAGUCCACUGGUGCAUAAUGUGUCUGUUGUGUUCAAAAGUAAUGGUCAAACGUCAAACAGAGCUGAUUUCACAAUCUUCUUCUGGAAGUCUUGACAGUUCACUGGUGGACAUUUUGUUUAUCGUCUGGAUUCAAUGGUGAAAUGUCUAUAAGGAACUGGAGCUGAUAUGACAGCUUUCUUCCAGAAGUCUUGACAGUCCACUUGGGGAAAAAAAGGUCUAUAGGGAAUCGUCUAUAGAGAACUUAGGCUGAUAUUGCAGACUUUUACUCAGCCAUCGUGUGGACAUUGUGAAACAUUUACACCAUGUUAUGGGUUCAAGUAUCCCCAGACAUCAAAAGUUUGCAAACCAUUGCCCUUACAGCGGAGAUAUGAUGUAUAAACAUUCUACACAAUCAGGUAUUAUAUUGUAUCUGCUAAAACAUUUCUGUAUCUGUGAGAUCAAUGAACCCAAAAUUGAAAUAAACUGAUAUUC